UGCAGGAGAAUCAGCAGCAGUUCUGAAAUAUGCACAAUUAACCGAUGCUCUUUGGUUGAUUGAUAUUUGAACUGAAUAUGCAGCUGACCAUUUGCAGUCCGCCACGCAACAAGGCUGGCCGCCUCCAUUAUUUUAGCCCUCUUUAAUGAUAUAAACCCUUUUGCUACUCUGUUCAAGUUUCCAAAUACCAGUGCACGCUCAACUCUGGAUGGAGUACUUCACAAUGGGACGCAAGAAUAAGAAAGCAAAGCAAGCUAUGCCUAGUAGCAGCGAAAUACUACCCUGCAUCGACACCCAAAAUAACACAGCUUUUGAACUUGAAAGUGAGGAGGAUACCCGGCCUGAGUUUUUACCAUAUACAGGACGCAGCUACUACCUUCUUGCUGGGGCUGAGGCAGCCCGGUAUGCCGUGCCACAUAUUUAUCUGGCGAAGUUCCCAGAUCUGUUGUCCCAAGCUGCAAAAUAUCAUCUGCGUGCAUAUCCCUACAGCCCAGACCCAGACCCAGACCCAGACCAUACCAUUCGACUACCUGACUUGGAUAAGGACAUCGCGCACACACUGGUACAUUUUCUCUAUACUGGUGAAUACCAGACGCUGAGGCGACCGAACGUACGAAACUCUGAAAAAGCGUCCCUGGAAUACAGAAGGGCUGUUCUUGUUUAUCAGAUGGCAGUCUCGUACGGAUUACAUUCCUUGGUGCUACAUGCAAAAGCGAAUAUUACAAAAUUUGGAAAAUCGGUAUCAGCUUUCAAUGCCUUAGAUAUCUGGAGGGAGGUGUAUGAGAAGCUGUCAAAAGAUGAUGCAUGGCUCUACAGUCAUCUCAAAGCAAAACUCGGUGAAGCAUUUGAUGCUGAUGGAAGUGUGUUCGCACGGGAACAAUUCUUGGAACACGCUCAAGGGCCGCUGGGUGGAACUCUGAUGAAGAUCGUGGUGGAUAUAUAUAACAACAAGCUUUCGAGCGCCCGUAUGAAAGACGGUCAGGCCGGGCGAUCUAGAGUAGCGGGUUGUCCAAAACCCAAUGGGAAUACAAAACUAGGGCCUGAAGCCCAACUAGGAAGGCACAGUAGCUGAAGACGACUGGCAAAGGGCUGGGGACUAAUGCACGUAAGCCCAUGCCAUUGUGCUGAAGACUGUGUCCAUUAAGCCCAACCGGUCUAUGGACCGUGGUCCAUGGACCGCUCAGGCCUAAAACCUUUCAACUGGUGGCCACAGUAGCCUAAAGGCGGCGGAGGUCAUCAGCCUGAUAUCUGCGGCUCUGAAAGCACCAAGGACCCCUGAUCAAAGACUUCGCAGGCAUUGAUUAGCGACAAUGCUUGGUCUUUCGGCCCUUCCUAGAUUCCUAAGAUGUAGUCGGUGCUCAAGUUCCCAGGUGAACUUCAAGGGUGCGUUCUCUAUGCUGUACACCUGAUUAUGGAAGGCGCUGGGUUAGCCCCCAAAGGCUUCAAUCUUGCGCUGCACUGCAUCCUCUGGUGCUCACUGGAAGUUGUACAAUGAUCUCACAAGACCAAAAAUAAUGCGCGUAUAUUGUAUAUCGUGUAGCUUCACUAUCUAAACUCAAAUUAUGAACACUUCAGGGGGGAAAA